AUGUUUUCAAAUAGACCGGAAGAAAAAGAAGAUGAUCACGCACCGUUGCUCGUGAUUGGUGCUGGGGUUUUCCGAACUGGAACAAUGACCUUGAAAACUGCAUUGGAAAUACUGUACCAAAAACCGUGCUAUCACAUGAUGGAAGUUGCAUUUAAACACUUGGAUCACGUGAAACUGUGGACACAAGUUUAUGAUCGAAUAGAGCAAGACAUUGAUGCUGAAUUGCCUCCGGAUCUGAUCAAGCAGAUUUUCAAAGGUUAUCAGAUGACAACUGACAUUCCGGGCUGUGUGAUCUACAAACAGUUGAUGAAAAUCUAUCCGGAAGCAAAGGUAAUACUCACUACACGAGAUCCAAACACAUGGAUUCAAAGUAUAAAUGAGAUAGUCAAACCUGCGACUUCAUUGUUUGGUUCAAGCUGGUUGGGCAAAUUAAAAGAGCGACUCGUAUUCACUCCGGGAUUUUUACGCAUGACGAACCAAUAUACUACACUAUGUAUGGGACCCGAUGUGAACCCGGAUAACGAUGAACAGGUGAAGCGAGCAUUUGUGCGGCGAAACGAAGAAGUUGAACGCACCGUACCCUCAGAUCGACUCCUCGUAUUCCAAGUCAAAGACGGCUGGGAACCGUUAUGUCGAUUUCUGGGGAAACCGAUCCCAGAUGUUCCAUUCCCCCACGUGAAUGAUCGUGAAACAAUGAAGGGACGAAUCAGACGAAUCCGGAUGGGAGCCAAUUGCUUGAUCGCAUUUUCAGUUGUCCUACUCGGUGUGGCUAUCGCUUCGGGAGUAUUCUGGUUCAAGACAACAUAG